CUUCUGGUUGUCAACAUGGAAGCUUCGCGUGAAGUUUUCUGAGUUUUUCCAUAGAUUAUUUUGCCGCGUUCCUUUCGCGAUUAAUUCCAAAUAAUUAUUUAACGACCUUUUUGCAUUUUAUGUAAUUUAUUCAAUUUGUUAUCUCCACGCUCAAUGGCGUUACCGGGCGUCACUUCAUAGGGCAUUCAGCGAAAUUGUGGAGCUUUCGAAAGACCUCCUGAUCAAUGGCAGCCUCAGUGUGGUCCAAGAUAUCCGAUGCUCUUCCUCCAGAUGAGGAGCACUUUCCGCUGCAAUUCAGUGAAAAGGUGCAUGCAAGCAUUUUGGAAAUAAUGAAAAGAUCCAGAUGUCAACUCUACACCAAUGCCCCUGCCUCCAGCCGCCUGCUCAACGCUCAGAUCGUUCUGGACGUCUCAUGGGAGAAACUUAACAUGGGAACGUGGCGCCACGUUGACAAAGAGUGGCGCCGUGUCUACUCGUAUGGGUGUCUUUUCAAGGUGUGCGCCCUGUGUCAAGAGGAACCGUCGGAGGAGGACCUUCUGCAAGCCAUCCGUACCUGUGACAUGGGCUUGCUGAUGGGAGCCGCGAUCAUGGACGACCGACUGCAAGUUUUGGUCCGGAUUCUGCAGAAAGACGUCCGGAAAGACACCAGAAAUGAGCAUACGGAGGCCAAGAGGAUCAAAUUGGCACUGCCGGAGGUUCCGCAGAUCAGAGAAGAUCUGGCAAUUCCCAGAUUAAAGUGCCCAUCUCUGGAGAGUUUCAAAGAGAACUACUUGCUCCCCCUCAAAGCGGUCAUUUUAGAGGAGACCAUUGAUCACUGGCCAGCCCUUAACCAGCACCCCUGGAGCUUAGAAUACUUGAGGUCGGUGGCGGGGUGUCGCACCGUCCCCGUGGAGGUGGGCUCCAGGUACACGGACGAGGAGUGGUCCCAGAAGCUGAUGACGCUCAACGAAUUCAUCGACCGCUAUAUUUUAAAACACAGUGACACCUCACAGGACGAAGCCAAGUCCGUCUGCGGCUAUUUGGCUCAGCAUCAGCUGUUCGAGCAGAUACCAGAGUUGAAGGAUGACAUCCGCCUGCCUGAUUACUGCUGCCUGGGCGAUGGCGAUGAGGACGACGUGACCGUCAACGCCUGGUUUGGGCCCGCCGGCACUGUGUCGCCCCUUCACCAAGACCCCCAGCACAAUUUCCUGGCUCAGGUGGUGGGGUGCAAAUACAUCCGUCUCUAUUCGCCAGAAGACUCAGACAAGCUCUACCCACACCCGUCUCAGCUUCUGCACAACACCAGCCAGGUGGAGGUUGAGAACCCCGACACAGAACGUUUUCCCAAGUUCUCCAAGGCUCCCUACUUGGAGUGCGUGCUGCGGCCCGGAGACGUGCUCUUCAUCCCCAUCCAGCACUGGCACUAUGUGCGCUCCCUUGAGCAAAGCUUCUCCGUCAGCUUCUGGUGGUCCUGAUUCAGGAGAAAAGAAUGAAAACAUCUCAGUUAUUCCACCGCCUCCGUGUAGGCUGCAUCCACGUCAUGAAUGCGCUCCGCCACGAAGAAGGAGAGCGUGCCGCUAAAGCCCAGCACUACCAUGGGCAGAAGUUGCCACGUUAGCAGCGUGGAACCGCUGUAGAAGAAUGCCCCAGCUGCGAAGACAGACUGAAUGACAAAGGAACAAAAAAAUAUACAGUAUAUUAGCCAAACUUUUAAACAUUUUUUUUCAACAAGCACACACUGGAAAACAAAUGAACUUUUGAGUUUUUAUAACUAACACUUUGCGCAUUAUUGGUCACCUGUAUGAAUUUGAAGAUGGCAAACGCGGGCAUGCUUUGUUCAGCGUAGACACACCCAAGGAUGCUGUAGAGCUGCGUGUUAAAGCAGCUGUCACCGAGGCCCAGCAGGAAACUGCACAGCAGGGCGAUGGACACGCUGCAAGGGCAUCACACUCGACGCAGUUAGCGCUCUUAGCCUGCUGUUGUGAAGUUACUUAUCGUGCUAGUAUUGGACUGAGCGGCCAGAGCCCCUGUUUCUAUGGUUAUCAUCGCGUUUUGCCCUCUUUGAUCCUUCCAUACGUUAUGUCAAGCCAAAGAGAAAACAUCAGGACAUUCAACGUUGCAGGUUUCUCUUUGAUCCAUUGUAUCUAUUCAUCAGUAUCAAUGUACCGUAUUGGCCCUGAUUAUAAGACGACCCCCUCUUUUUCAAGACUCAAGUUUGAAAAAAAUACUUUUUGAACACCAAAUAAAUUUUUAUACAAAAAAUAAUUGCAGUAAAUCUGAAAAAAACAAAUGAUUAUAACAAUAUAUUUGAGAGAAAAAGCAUGUUAUUUUGCCUCAUUCAAAUCUAAAUAUCUGAACAUUUAAUUAUGUAAACUAAAGUGCAAUCACAUUUGUGAAUGAAUGGCUUCUGGUUUUUGAAAUGGAAAUAAACUGAUCUAUUGUGAUAAAACAACAAAAUUGCAAUAACUGCAUUAACCAUCAAAGUGAGGUCUAACUGUAACUGUAUUCUUGAAACAAAUCUGAAUAAGGAAAAACAUUGCAAUAAAAUAAUGCAACCUGGUUAAACUUGAGAGUAGCUGAGAUCUAUCGUCACAGAACAUCGCUUCAAUGAUAUCUGGCGCCAUCUAGCGUCGUGAAUGUGUAUAAUGUCUAGACCCCAAAUAUAAAACGACUCCCACUUUUUCAGUCUUAUUUCAAAGCAAAAAACCUCUUAUAUCCGGGCCAAUACGGUAUUUGUCUAAAUAUACCUCGGAAUGAGAAAGGGGCUUUUGGAGGUGGUGGUGUUGAAGACCACAGGCGCAUCAUCAGGAAUGUUGAGGAAGAUGAGAUAGAAGGCCACGAAAUGAACCACCAUUCCCAGGAAGACGACCGAAGUGCGUCUGAAGCGAUUGUUCUUGCACACCAAACCAAACAAGCCUCCGCCUGGCAAGCACGGAAAAGAGAAAGUGAAUCUAUGUAUGUGACUGAAAAUCUAAGCUGCUUUCUGUUCUGACUCCAGUUCACUACUUUGAGUUCCCUGGUUACGCUAUGUCGCCAAAAUUCCUCCAUUAAGAACACCCCGCAACAUCAUCAGCGUGUUCCUCACUUCCUCUGGUCCUCAUCAAAACAUUACGUUGUGUUAUAAAUAGGGCUGUCAAACGAUUAAAAUUUUUAAUCAAGUUAAUUACAGCUUAAAAAUUAAUUAAUCGUAAUUAAUCGCAAUUUAAACCAUCUAUAAAAUAUUAUAGAUGGUCAUAUUUUUCUGUUAAUUAUUGUUGGAAUGGAAAGACACAAGAUGGAUCUAUACAUUCAACAUAAGUACUGUAUUUGUUUAUUAUAACAAUAAAUCAACAAGAUGGCAUUAACAUUCUGUUAAAGCGAUCCAUGGAUAGAAAGACUUGUAGUUCUUAAAAGAUAAAUGUUAGUACAAGUUAUAGAAAUUUUAUAUUAAAACCCCUCUUAAUGUUUUCGUUUUAAUAAAAUUUGUAAAAUUUUCAAUCAAAAAAUAAAGUAGUAGCCCGCCAUUGUUGAUGUCAAUGAUUACACAAUGCUCAUGGGUGCUGAAGCCCAUAAAAUCAGUUGCACCCAAGCGCCAGCAGAGGGCGACAAAACUCCAAAAAACACUGUGCUGUUUUAAUCUGUUUGAGCGGGGCAUGUGCGUUAAUUGUAGGGCUGCAGCUAUCGAAUAUUUUAGUAGUCGAUUAAUCGAUGGACUAGUUAGUUCAAAUAAUCGAGUAAUCGGUAAGGAACAUGAAAAAUUAAAAUACAUGAGCUGAGCCUCAAACGGUAUUUUUUUUAAAAUGAGGAUCUAUGUACAAGAAAAAAACAAUUGGCCAACUUACCUAGAAAAAGUCCGCUACCUAAACGCUAUAAAAUGCUAAAGUUUUUUUUUUGUCUUCAUUGUUACAUACAACAUGCCUAAAACAACUUUCAUGUUGAAUUGCGGUGGUAACUGAAAAAAGUUACAUUUAUCCGAUUCGAUAUCGUUUAACCGUCCGAUUAACCGAUUAUACAAAUAAUCGUUAGUAGCAGCCCUUAAGAUAAACGAUUCUAAAUAUUAUUUACGAAACGUGAUUUUAGAAAUACAGUGCUACCUCUACAGACAAUCGCCUCGACACACGAUCUCUUCGACAUCCGACGUCAAAUUUGACUCGGCAUUUGUUUCUACAUUUGACGACAUGCUCAAAAUACACGACGAUUUACGGCGGCGGCGCAAUUGAAUUAUUUUCGUGCAAGACGGCAGCGUGGCGGGUUUUCUUUCGAAAAAAAAUCAACAUGGGUACCAAGAUAGUUGGUACAAGUGGGGGGAAAAGGAAAAAGGAGAUGCUUACAAUUGAAAUUAAGACGAUUGAAAAAUAUGAGCGGGAUGUAAGCAUUAGUGAGUUGGCUUGACAAUACAGCCGGAAUAUAUCAACAAUGUCGCCGGUCAUCAAGCAGACGGAAGCUAAAAAGAUGGUAAAAGCAUCCAAGGACACUAUCCUGUUGAAACGUGGCGUUAUUUUGAAGGAGAUGGAACGCCUUUUACUUAAUUUGGAUUAAGGAUAAAGGGAUAGCUGGUGAGUCAGUCAACUGAAGCAAUAAUAUGUCAGAAAGCCUGUGCUAUUCAUCAUGACCGCCCUUGAGGGUAACGCAGAAGGGGAAAGUUCAAGCUAUCCGGCCGUCGAGGAAGAAUUCAAGGCUUCUCACGGUUGGUUCUAAAACGAAAAGAAAACAUUAGUUAUAAAGUUCCGAAGUUAAAAAGUUUGAAGUUCCUCCUCUACAUCAUUCCCCGCAGUCUCCUCUGAUCUCCGUCCAUCAGUCUCUAACAUAAGGUGACAAUAAAAAUUCAUUUUUAUUUGACAUGUGUAAUUUAAUGCAUUUGUUAAAUUAGAACUCGGCUCACCGUAUCCUCCUUCAACUACACACCCGCUGUCUCCUCCGCCUCCGUUUGCCACUCUAAGGUGACAAUAAAAAUGCUUUUUAAUUACCGUUAUUAUUAUUCCGAUUUGAAUUUAUAAUUGAAUUGUUAUGCCAUGUGUAAUUGCCAUUUACAUAAUUGUACCUGCAGUAUUUUAUCAAGGAUUAGUGUAGGUUUUUGGGCUGUGGAACGAAUUCAUUGAAUUACAAUGUAUUCCUAUGUGGAAAUCCUCCUCGACAUACGACCAUUUCGACUUACAAAGUAUCAUCAAGAUCCUUGAACGAAUUAACUUCGUAUCUAGAGUAGGAGUGUGCCACCUUAGGCACCCCAUGAUUCGAUUCGAUUCCGACUCUUGGUGCCACGAUUCGAUAAUUGAACGAUGAUUAAGGUAUUGACGAUGAUCGCGGUUAUCGCGAUUAUCACGAUUAUCGAUGCAUCAUACAUUACUAAUUAAUACAGUAGCCAAACAAAUUUAUGUACAUUAUUUAAAAUAUCCUAAUGAUUCAACAGGAUUGAUGGAAACAUGCCCAUACAACAAAAAGCUGCCCUUAAGCUGCUUUAUUCAUUUAUUUUUUACAAGAAAGUGCAAAAACAUUAGGCAUUUUAACGGGAGUACUUAUUUCUCUCAACAAUACAAUAAAAUUUACACAGGUGGAAUAAAUUCCACAUUUUCUGGAAACAAGGUAUCUUUAGAAAUGAGACAUCUUUUAAUCAAUAUACUUUGUUUUCACAGAUUUCUGUACUAUUUCGCAUGUUGUAGUGUUGCCGCUGUACUUAAUCAUGGUUUUACACGUUCUGCAUAUGAAAUACACGUUAGCGAAUUAGCUAAUUAGCUUAGCGCUCGGCGCUGACUAUUAACAUCUCAAAAACUACAACAAUUAAGGCUAAACAGUACAAGAGGGUUCGUGUACUCACCUCUUAUAGAUGCACACGGGUCUUAGCAACACACUUAGGACGUUUUUCAAAUGAAAUGCCUUAAAACUACUGCUGGACAUCUAAAAGACAAUGAGCAACGAACUAUCUCUCUUCCCCUCUUGCUCUAAAAAAUAGCUUGCGCACAAAAGCGCAACCACGGGUCCCUCUCUCAGUAAGCGGCAGCAUCCAUCAAAAUGUGCGUGCGCCUGUUAACGGUGCCCGGGCGGCAGACAUGUCUUGAAUUUCGUUCUGCUACGAGUGGCUGGCAUAAAGUGAUGAGGGAAAAUCCUGGUUUUUGAACCUUUAUGAAUCUUAAUCGAAUCGUCACGUGUCGAAUCGCGAUGCAUGUAAUAAUCGAUUUUUUUGGAACUCUUCGAAUGUAGAGGUACCACUGUAUGUGCUUUGUAUGACGUCAUUCUUGCCGCGCCGCGAUGGCACUGCAUUGCAUUAUGGGGAAUUUUUACAUUUUCUGUGUCUCACAACUAUAAGAUUGUAGAGCAUUUAAUUUGAGGACCUCUGUUUCAACCAACCGAUGAUUUCGCCCAAGCCCACCACGAUGCCCGAGAUGCCGAUAAGGCCUUUUGCCGCCUCGCCGAACUGCGUCGUGGCGCCCAGGCACGUCCCGUAGAUGCCGCUGUAGAAGGACAGCUCCAGACCUGAACCAGGAGUAAAAUGCUGAAUAAUACCAAAAGAGGCACAGUUUGGAACAGAAAUGCAAAGACUUACCGCUAUACGCCAUACAGGGACUCAGGAGGAGGAUGUUACGGGUCUUCAAGAGCUGCAGCAUGGUUUCUAUGGAGGAACACACUAUUAUUAACAUCAACAACACUCACUUUUGAUUGAUGGGUGCCAUUUGACAUAAUGCUGUCGUCUUGUAUUCUGACAAAUCAAAGGAAUUAUCAAGUUUUCACCCAGAAAACUUGCAGAGCCUGGUGGUA